CUGCCACCUAGCGGGCAUCGCCACUGGACGACAAUCGGAUUGUAUCGGUACAUUACGGACACAAACACAAACUUCCGAAGGAAACCAGACGAGAUUUUACGAGAUUGAACGAGGUUGUUAGCGUUUGUUGUUGUCCAGACAGGGAAUCCAUAAUGGACGUGUUCUUGAUGAUUAGAAGGAAGAAGGUCACUGUUUUUACCGAUGCAAAGGAAACAACAUCUCUUGGAGAAGUGAAGAAAAUAAUCGAAGGCAUUUGUAAGGUUUGCCCUGAGAAUCAGAAGUUAUUCAAAGAUGAUCAGCCCCUCACGGACGACCACAAGACACUUGGAGACUAUGGCUUCACAGGAGCAACAGCUCGAGCCCAAGCCCCUGCUACUUUAGGGUUGGCUUUCAGACAAGAUGAUGGAGAGUGGGAAUCACUUGAGAUAUCAUCGUAUUCCAGCCCUCCAGAGCUGCCUGAUGUGAUGAAGCCCCAGGAUUCCUCUUCCUCACAUGCCCAAGAACAAUCAGCAUCUUAGACUAGUUUCUCAUUCACUAUUCACUUCUUACCAUCUUGGAACUUCUCACCACUAAACUGCCCUUUUGUGUAUUGCUGCACCAAGGCUGCAGAUAAUGAUAAUCCAAACAAUCAAGAAUAAACUGUUCAAUCUUAGUAAAAGUGUGACAGUAACAAGCAGACUAUUGUUGAAGCAUCAGUUACACAACAAUUAAAUGUUGAAUGUUCUUACUCAAGUUCACCUUCCUUGAAUCACAAAUUAUAUUUUACUGGAAAACGUCGGUAGAUAUUUUAAUUUGUUAAGUGUAACAUGUCUUUUCAUUGUGUAGCAUAUAUCAGCUAAACUGUGUUAAACAGCUUAUAUUUUGCGAUUUGUUUUAUCAUCUGGUAAAGUGAAAGAAGAGGUAAUUUCGUGUGUCCUGUGAUGAUAUCCUGUUUCAUGUUAGGCCAUUGACUUGAAGUGGUUUUUACCUCAUUUGAUAAGCAUAACUGAGGCCUGUUAAUACUUUUAUGACAUUCAAAAGUUCAGCAGCGUCAGACUCCUAGGAAAACUGUUGCAAUGAAUUUGGACUGUUAUACAUUUAAAAAAUGUCAGAAACUACUACAAUUUGUCAAAGUUAAUGAACUGAACAAAAAUUAUUGCACUAGGUAGUCUUUUUUUGUAAGGAAUAAAUCUAAUAAAAUAUGUGUAAAUAGAAA